CAGGGUAUGUCUGCUUUCAGGGAGCGCAGGCGUCAACCUGACUCCUGGUUCAGGUGGAUAUAGGCUUUGAAAGACAUCGAGGUACAUUCGUGCAUCAACAUGCUAGACCUCUGGGUUUUCUGGAUUGCAAUUACACUGAUUUUCUUCGGUAAUUGCGCCGAGUCUCAGUCACAGAUUAGACUCUUGAUCGUCGUGGAGAACUCCGAUGUUAGGGUCCUCAGUCAGCUCAAUGAUGUCGUACCAGCUGCUGAGAGAGCUUAUGCUGGUGAUAAAGUUACUGUCGAGGUGAGACCUGUUCAGGUUGAUCGGCAUGAUGUUGAUGGAAGCUUUCGAAAAGUGUGCGCUGAACUCUUCGACGGGAUCACCAUCAUAUUAGAUAUCACCUACACCGGAUGGGACAAGCUGCGAAAUGUCGCUCAAAACAAUUCAAUAAUCUAUUUGAGAACAAGUGGUUCAAUUAUCCCGUACGUUCAGGCGAUUGAUGACUUGCUCCUGAAAAAAAAUGCUACGGACGUUGCGUUGAUAUUCGAGAACACACGAGAGCUCAACGAGUCACUUUAUUAUCUCAUCGGCAACUCGAUAAUACGAUUAGUCGUCAUUGACGAGUUGUCAGAGGUCACAGUCUCGACGAUACGAUUAAUGAGACCGUCACCCUCGUAUUAUGCCAUUUAUUCCAGUACCGCUAAGAUGGAAAGUCUCUUCAAAACGGCCAUGAAUGGAGGAUUAGUCAAGAGAGAUGGCAUCUGGAAUCUUGUCUUCACCGAUAUGCAUUAUAAGAAUUUUAAAUAUAUAUCCGGUCCAGAUACUUUAAACAUAAUGGUGGGAAUUUUAUCUAUGAAUCCUAGUGUAUGUUGCAGACUUAUUGGAGAAUAUCCGUGUACCUGCCCUCCCAAUUUUGACAUUUAUCCGAAAUUCUUCGAGAAACUGAUUUUUCUACUGGUCUCAACCAUAACCCAAAUUCAAAAAUCGGGGGUUGAUGUAGAGCCUAUAAAAGGCCAAUGUAUGACGAGCAAUGGAAAUCCCAUAAUAGAUCCGGAGAAAAAUGCAACACUCAGGACAUUCCUCACAACUCUGACAACUAAUGUGGAAUCAGACAAUGACAUGUUCGAGUUUUGGACGGAACGAAACUUAAUCCAGAUGCGAGCUGAAAUUAACCUGGAGACACUUGAGGGAGGAAACUUGGAGAUGUUGGGGAACUGGACGAAGAAGAGUGGAAUCAUACCCGCACCAGGGAAGGAUAUACAGCCAGCCAAAAGGUUCUUCCGGGUUGGAACUGCCGAAGCAUUACCCUGGACAACAAAAAAAAGAGAUCCAAAUACCGGUGAAGUAAUGACGGACAAAGAUGGCAAGAUCAUAUGGGAGGGCUACUGCAUCGAUUUCAUCCAGAAAUUGGCAGAAAAAAUGAAUUUCGAUUACGAACUCGUUAUCCCAGAGGACAAUUCUUUCGGCCACAAACUACCAAGUGGAAAAUGGAACGGAUUAGUUGGGGAUUUGUCACGAGGUGAGACUGACAUUGCAAUUGGGGCUUUAACGAUGACCUCUGAACGAGAGGAAGUCAUAGAUUUCGUUGCACCUUAUUUCGAGCAGUCUGGAAUUCUCAUUGUGAUGAGGAAACCAGUGAGGGAAACAUCACUCUUCAAAUUCAUGACUGUUUUGAGGGUCGAGGUAUGGCUGAGCAUCGUGGGGGCUCUCACCUUGACAGCUGUCAUGAUCUGGAUCCUGGACAAGUACUCUCCAUACAGUGCCAGGAACAACAAGAGGAUUUAUCCUUAUCCCUGCAGGGAAUUUACACUGAAGGAGAGCUUCUGGUUCGCUUUGACAUCUUUUACACCUCAAGGGGGUGGAGAGGCUCCAAAGGCACUUUCUUCUAGAACUCUCGUUGCUGCCUAUUGGCUCUUCGUGGUUCUCAUGCUGGCUACAUUCACCGCUAAUCUAGCUGCCUUUCUCACUGUUGAGAGAAUGCAGGCUCAAGUCCAAUCACUGGAGCAGCUGGCAAGACAAUCGAGGAUUAACUAUACGGUGGUCGCUAAUUCCACAACUCAUCAGUAUUUCCAGAAUAUGAAAAAUGCCGAGGAUAAACUGUACAAUGUCUGGAAGGAAAUAACGUUGAACAGUACGAGUGACCAAGUGGAGUACAGAGUCUGGGAUUAUCCAAUAAAAGAACAAUACGGUCAUAUUCUUCAGUCAAUUACCACAGUGGGACCAGUGAAAGACUCGAAGGAAGGAUUUCGAAAGGUAGUUGAGAGUGAAAAAGCUGAAUUUGCAUUCAUCCACGAUUCAUCAGAGAUUAAGUACGAGGUAACGAGGAGCUGUAAUUUAACAGAAAUUGGAGAGGUCUUUUCCGAACAGCCUUACGCAGUCGCUGUGCAGCAGGGGAGUCAUCUUCAAGAAGAAAUUAGCAGGAAAAUUCUGGAUCUCCAAAAAGACAGAUACUUUGAGACUUUAUCAGCCACAUAUUGGAAUGCCUCAUUGAAGGGCACGUGUUAUGACAUCGACGAGAAUGAGGGUAUCACUCUGGAAUCUUUAGGUGGAGUUUUUAUCGCGACACUCUUCGGCCUUGCUCUUGCCAUGAUAACACUGGCAGGUGAAGUGAUAUAUUAUCGCAAGAGAAACGCAGCCAAGGAUAACAAAUCGAGAGAAGCAAAUGGUGAGCACAUGAGAACCGGUGAGGAUGCCCUAUCAAAAGGAAGACUCGGUUUCAAACCUGCACCAACAGUUGCCUUCAUUGGAAAAUCCCACACAGGUCCAAGGUCAAGAAUCUCCCACAUCUCAGUGUAUCCCAAAAAUUUUCCCUUCAAGGAUUGAAAGAAUAGGAUAAAAAAAAUUUAAGAUAGGAAAUCUAAAGAUGUUUUAUAUAAGCUUCAGACCAAAAUACAUAACAUUAAGAAUAAAAACUUCUUAAAUGCCU